AUGGAGCCUAUCAAGAUCCGACUGCCUCAUCCAUACUUGACUACCUACUAUCUGAAGCCAUCCAACAAGCUUCGCGGUGGGAAACCACUUCUUCAGUUGCACAAGGCCAAAGAAGAAGAAUCUCACCCAUUCCCUCAAGCUUUAGACAACAACAAGCUUUACUUUGAGACACCGCGCAAUAUCAACCCAGAUGAUGCUGUCUCAUCCUCAGAUAACACUGCCUGGGCGCGAGCGCAGCGCAGUCCAUUGUCUCUCUUGAGCUGGGAGGGCAGCUCUGCGCCAACGGUCGGCCAAGUCUGGCUGUUCCUUUAUGCCGUAUUUACAGUGCACGAAGAGAUAGAGACUUUCCGUCUACAACUGCAAGGCCACAAUGCAACGGAUUUAGCACAAUCACUCCAACUCUCAAUGGUGGCCAUUGCUCAUCCACUUCCCGUCAACAAUGCCGUUCAAAAGUGGCAGUCUACUCCAAAUGAGCUCCUCGUCUUGCGCAACGCCUUUUGGCAAGGAUGUGCGUCUCCUCUGGGCUCUCAGCCCAUCUGGCUCCCAACCUGGAACUCUGCCAAAUCAGUUCCUCACCUUGACUUCACCAUGACCUCUACGGAAACCACGCACCGUCGCCAUCCUCGCCGCCACCCCAAGCCCACUCCCGGCUCCGUUGUCUACAGUCGCUACAUCCCCUUCCUUGAUGAACAUUUCUCGCUGGUCGCGUUGGACUACCAGAGUCCCGAGCACCUGGGUCUCUUUCAUACUUGGCAGAAUGACCCUCGUGUCGCGAAGGGCUGGAAAGAGACUGGCACUUUGGACCAGCACCGCGACUACUUGCGCCGACAGCACGAAGAUCCGCAUACCCUCACCGUUCUCGGGCGCUUUAACGACACCCCGUUCUCCUACUACGAGAUUUUCUGGGCAAAGGAGGAUAAUAUCGGUGCACACUACGCGUCUCAAGACUUCGAUCGCGGCCGUCAUACCCUUGUAGGGAAUGAUGCGUUCCGGGGCCCUCAUCGUGUGAUGGCGUGGUGGCCAAGCAUGAUCCAUUACGUUUUCCUCGAUGAUCACCGUACUGAGAACGUGAUUGGGGAGCCACUCUCUAAUAAUGACAAGGUCUUGACCUAUGACUACACAUUUGGUUUGCACCAGGAUCAGAUCAUUGAUUUGCCUCACAAGCGGGCUAGCCUUGUGAAGUGUACCCGUGAACGAUUCUUCCAGAUUUGUCCUUUCAACCAGGGAAGCCCUCACAUUGCAGGUACUGGCCUGGCUUUCAAGCCUCGCCUGUAG